AUGGCAGAAUCAAAAGAGUUUAUGGCAGCCUUGCUUAAGCAAAACGAGCUCAUAAGAGAGCAAUUGGAACUGCAGAAAAAGGAGGCAGAGCGACGGGAUAGGGAAGCAGAGCGGCGAGAGAAAGAGCUAAUGACGUGGAUCGGAAACUUGAACUUGGCAACAGCAGCAACAGCGCAAGGAGCGCCAGCAAUAAAUUACCGAAUGACCACAGAUUACCAGGAUAUUGCAGGCCAGAUCGACAGGUUCGUGUACGCCCCGGAAGAGGGGCUGACCUUCGACCACUGGAUCAGACGAACAAACCGCAUCUUUGCAUCGGACAAAGGCAAGAACAUUUCGGAAGCAGACAAAACGGCCAUUAUCUGCGCAAAGCUCUCAGCGGAGGACUACAAGCAGUUCGAGGGAAGUGUCUUACCAAAGAAACUGGAGGAGCUGACGUUGAAUGAGACAAUCAAACAGCUAACCAAGCUAUUCGGAAGAAAAGAAAGCCUAUUCUCUCGUCGAUUCCGUGCGUGGCAGAUCAAAAUCAAAGCAGAUGAAGACUACUUGGCCUUGGCCGCGCGAAUAAAAAAGGUAACGGAAGAUUUCGAGAUCCAGUCGUUUGGUCGCGAGGAUUUGAUGACGCAAUUGUUUGUGCAAGCUUCUUCGUCUCAUACCAUAAUCAGGAAGAGGAUGAUCGAAAAGACGGACGAGCACCAGGCCAAGGUGAACGCAGCGGAGGACGCAAGCACGGUGCCCGAUCUCACGCUAGACUUCCUCACUGAGACAGCACAACGAUUAGCGUAUCUGGACAAACUCAACAAACUCAACACAUCGGUAGAGCAGCCGGGUCCGGUUCAGGAGAUUGCAGCUGUAAAAAAGAAAGCCAAUUCUCGCGACAACCGACCACUACCGAAAUGUCAUUUCUGCGGCGGAGCGCAUUGGCAUCGAGAUUGUCAAUUCAAGGAGAAGACCUGUUACGAUUGCAAGAAGACAGGCCACAAGAAGGGGUUUUGCGACUCGGCUGCAGCCUUCCGCGCGCGCAAUGACAAGACAACGACAUUAGUAGGCGAAAUCACAAUGGUGAAAUCGACUCGCAAGUUCGUCAAGCCGUUAAUUAAUGGCGUGUCAGUAACAUUGAAACACGAUACUGGUUCGGAUUGGACGAUGAUCUCAACGGAGAAUUGGAAGCGAAUCGGACGACCCAAGCUAACACCAGCGAAAAUUACAGCAGUCAGCGCUUCGGGAAAUCAAGUGGAGAAUCUCGGCUACUUCUCGGCGGCGCUAGAACUUAAUGGCAAUAUAGGCAUAACCAAUGUAUACGUUUCACAACACGGUCUCAACCUAUUCGGCAAUGGAACAAUGGAAGCGCUGAACUUGUGGGACGUUCCAAUUGCGGCGGUGUGCAGCAGCAUCACGGACACGCAUACGUCCCUAAAGAACGAGGUGAGAAACAAAUUUCCCAAGUUGUUCUCAUCUAAAUUGGGGAAGUGCAACCAAACAACCUUCUCGCUGACACUCGUGAAGGAUGCCAAGGUCCCCUUUAUACGUGCUCGUCCGGUACCGUUUGGAGCACGGAAACAGAUUGAGGACGAGCUGAGACGAUUAGAGGAGCAGGGUAUUAUCUCGCAGAUCAAUUAUGCCGAGGCAGCCACACCCAUUGUGGCUGUCAAGAAAAAAAACGGGAAGGUGCGUAUCGCAGCUGACUACUCGACGGGAUUAAAUCGAGCACUAGAGCCCUACCAUUACCCCCUACCUACCCCCGAGACGAUUUUCGCUUCACUAUCAGGUAUGAACACCUUCAGCAAUCUGGACCUAUCAAACGCGUUUCUGCAGGUGGAGCUUGGGGAGGAGGCGAAGCGAUACAUGAAUAUCAAUACGCAUAUUGGACUAUUCCAAGUGAAUCGCAUGCAACCAGGAGUCAAGACGGCGCCGGGUCAGUUUCAGCAAUUAAUGGACUCCAUCCUGACUGGAUCAGGAGCAAUGGCAUAUCUCGACGACAUUAUAAUCCCAGGCAAGGGAGUGGAGGAUCACGGACGUCGUCUGCACGAGGUACUCAGGAGACUGGAGAACGCUGGUCUCACACUGGCAAUCGACAAAUGUACCUUUGGUCAGCCAGAAAUCAAAUUCUUGGGAAAAAUUAUUGACAAAAAAGGACAACGCCCGGAUCCUGAGAAGCUGCAAGCCGUCCGAAUCUUACCACAACCUACGGAUGUGACCCAAUUGAGGGCUUUCCUGGGAGCAGUAAACUGGUACGGAUCGUUCCUGCCACACCUCAAAGACCUACGAGGACCGUUGGACGACAUGUUGCGAAAAGGAGAGAAGUUCCUGUGGACGAGGGAACGAGCUGAGGCUUUUACCAAGCUCAAGCAGGCACUACAUGCCAAUCUGGCAUUGACGCAUUACGAUCCAAAGAAACCUCUUAUCGUGGCGGCUGAUGCGUCAAGCUAUGGAAUUGGGGCCACGCUCCUUCAUCGGUUAAAUGACGGAUCCUUGAGACCAAUUGUGCACGCCGCCUCCUCGUUCAACGAUGCGGAGAGGAACUAUCCGCAGGUGGAGCGUGAAGCGCUGGCGUUGGUGUAUGCGGUCAAGAAAUUCCAUGUGUAUAUCUACGGGCGUAGGUUCGAGCUACAUACGGAUCACAAACCGCUCUUAAAGAUCUUCGGGGGCAAGACAGGAAUACCCGUACACACAGCGAAUCGCCUUCAAAGGUAUGCGCUCACACUGCUCGGAUAUGACUUCUCAAUCCACUAUGUUGAUGGAGCAAGUUUCGCGUAUGCCGAUUUCGUAUCACGACUAAUUGAAUCUCACGCAAAGCCGGGUACGGAGGAUGUGGUGAUUGCAUCAAUUCGAAAAGAGACGUCGCAGAGUGGGGCAGACGACGACAACACCGAGGAUAGCGUGGCGAUAGAGACACUUAAGACACUACCAGUGUCAAUGAGCGAGCUCAGGCAAGCUACUAGGAACAGCCCUCACUUGCAGAAGGUCAUCGGUUACGUGUCAACAUCAUGGCCGCGAAUGAAGAAGCAAAUCGGAGACCUGGAGGCGGCCGAAUUCUUUACUCACCGUCUAGACUUGCAGGUGGUGGGUGAUUGUUUGUACCACGGAGAUCGACCUGUCAUCCCACCCGAGCUGCGCCGGAAGAUGUUGGAAGAGCUUCACGAUGGACAUCCGGGGGCGUCUCGCAUGCAAGCACUCGCACGAAUGCAAUGUUUCUGGCCGGGAAUCAAUCAGCAGAUCAAUUCAUUUGUACAACGAUGCGGUAGGUGCGCAAUAAAUGCUAAGACACCAAGGAAGGAGACGCUACACCCGUGGCCGCAACCGAGUCGCUCAUGGGAACGUCUUCACAUCGACUUCGCUGGGCCGAUGGACGGAGAUGUCUUUUUGGUGGUCGUGGAUGCGCUCAGCAAUUGGCCAGAGAUAGUCCGGAUGCGCUGCACAACGGCGAACAAGACGGUGGAGGUGCUCGAGGAGAUUUUUGCGCGUUGGGGUCCCUGUAAAACAAUCGUGUCAGACAAUGGCCCACAAUUUGUAUCAAGUACCUUCAAGGAGUUUUGCAAACGUUACGCGAUCGAGCACAUUACGUCGGCACCGUACCAUCCUCAGUCAAACGGUAGAGCCGAACGUUUUGUUGAUAUCAUGAAGACAGGGAUGAAAAAGCUGGAAGGAGAAGGCAACACUGACGAGAAAUUGCGCUCGUUCUUGGCGAAUUACCGCAGAACUCCAUCAUACGCGCUGGAGGGCAAAUCUCCAUUUGAGCUGAUGACGGGCAGGAAGAUGCCAACAAGACUCGACCAUCUUCAAGCAGGAGCGAUGGAGGAACGGGAACCGUCAAAGAGGAUUGUAAACAUGGCGCAGCAGUUUGAUCGUCAUCACGGAGCGAAGCAUCGAACGUUUGAGCAGAACGAACCAAUCUACUAUCAGAUGUAUCAUAACAAUGGGUGGACAUGGAGAGCUGGAACGAUCGUCAGGCAACUCGGAGCGGCCAACUACGAAAUCAAGAUCGGAGACCGAGUGAUUAAAGCGCAUACGAAUCAACUGAAGCGAUGUUUUGUCAGCGACACGAACGAUCAAUCACCCGACUACCCCAGUUCAGCCAUCAGCAACCCCUACGUCCCUCAAGGACCUCCAGUAGACGAAAUAGGACUCGAGGACGCGACAAGGCAGAGUGACGACUCAGCAGAGGACUCCUUCCAUAGUCUCACGAGCCAGUCAGAACAAGAAGACGAGGAAGAACAGCUACCAACUCCCCCACAACCGAGCGAGGGCAGACCUCGGCGAGCAACAAGACCGCCGACAUAUCUCAAGGAUUAUAUACUUAGCGUGUUGGCGGAGCGGCAGGAGCACGAAAGAGAGACGACGGAAAAUUCUUCAGAUUUCAUACUUUAA